GAAUGUUGCAUGUGAAAAGUCAACACGCGCAACUCGUCACAACUAACUGCACUUCCUUUGUAAUGCCGUAACACUGUAGGUACUUCGAAUGACGGGAGGCACAAGUUGGCGUAUAAAACGAAUAACCUUUGACAAGUAGUCUUCGAAUAUUAUCUAUCACCUCACUAUACUGGGUGAAAAACAGCACCCAGAAUUACUCACAGGAAGCGACUCGACUUUGCGGGCUAUAAAGAGCUUCAGUAUUUGAUGCAAACAUUAAAGCGUAGUUGUAGCAGCCGUUUUCCAGUGGUUACGGCACCCGGCUUGGCUGCGGGAGCUGUGUGGUUCGAUCCCCGCACCUACCUUUACGUAAUAUGGGUACAAGAAGACCCCCAGCCAGGCUUCCAGCUUUGCAGGGGUGCGUUGUUUGUGAGAGAAUCGCACAGACCACGGUGCUUGAUGCGCGAGAACUAAAACAAAGCAAUGCACAGAUAUAUACCUGAAAUCGUAAUACACAACCUAAAUGAAAUUGUUUGCAAAAUAGUACUGAGAGGGUACUAAUAGUAUGAUUCUCAAAUGUACACGGAGACGGCUGAUUCUUUUUUUUUUUGUCUCUCUGUCUUUGUGCGUGUGUGUGUGUGUUAGUUUUCCCGUUCCCUUCAUGUCCAUUGAAGUAACAAGGCAUGCAUAUAGCACAGAUCACAUCUAAAGCUUCCAUUUACCUUUCUAUUUCUCUCUCUCUCUCUCUGGACACGUUUGAAGCUCAUUUCAACAGCACGAGCAGCCGGAAACCGCGCGCACUAUGCCUCUUUCUUAAAAAAAUCACCGCCCAACACUCCGUACAGAUGGUUAACCAGCGAAACUGGAACAUGCGGCCCCAUUGUUUAUCGCUGGGUUAAUACCGACGGUUCAUUAAACGACGGCUUGGUAGUCUCCUAGAUCCUCGGUGCGCGGUUGCUGAGUGCGCUCGGCCGCACGAGCCUGUUCUUGUACCUGGGCUGUAGCAUCGGCACGGCGUAGACGAGCUCGUUCUCGGUUCUGCUCGCUGCGUUGCUGGUCGAAGUCUGCCUGCUCCUCAGGAGUACGUAUGUCGCGCGGCCCACCCAUUUCGCAGCCGGAGUGAAACUGCUGUGCGCGCGCUCGGCUGCGACGGAGAGCAACUACAUCACUACUGGCGCAGCCAAUCGCACACCUCUCUUCUUUUUUUUUUUUUUGCGCAUGCGCAUGGGGUCGCGCCGGAGGAGUUUUCGGCGUACAUGCGACAGACGGACGGACGAACCGGCUAGCCAUAUACAGCUUCGCUCUAAAACUGUUCCUAUUGUCGUCCUCGCAGCGCCUCAAAGUCAUGAAGGGAGCCAACAAAUCGGGCGGCAGAGCGGCCCACCAGCAGAGCUCGGCGCACCAGCGAGGUGCCGCGCACACUGGUGGCAGCCGCGGUGCGAAUCGCGGUGGCGGAUGCCAACGUGGAGGGCAUCAACCGCAUGGAGCAGGAAAAGGAGGCAGCUCCCAGAAACACAAGGGUGCAACGAGCGUCAGCCAUGGCGGCAGCAACAUUGCCAACAGUGACCAGAAGCAACUGAACAGGCAGGAUCAAGCCCGCGGUGGGCACGCAAGAGGUGGCCGAGGCCGCUUUCAAAGAGGCCGCUUUCCCUGGAGAGGCCGAAACGGUGCCAAGGCAUAUCCGCCCAGUUCUGACAGAGAUAUUCAAGGAGGCGGGGUGCCUAGUGCCGGACAGAAUUUGCUUUCUUUUAAGCGAGCACUGCGCCGCAUGACGGCCGACGACGAAACUUCCGUGGUGUCUGAGUCCGACAGCUGCGCGUUCAGUGUUUCCGACUUCGGCGACGCAAUGAGCGAAUACGGCUUCGACGACGGCCAGUUCUGCGACGGUGACGGCAGGGACUGCUCGGAAGAGCAGUACGUGGGUGAAGGCGACUACGCCUCAUCGAAGGUGGACGACGUCGAAGACCUCACGGAUGCCGUCUCGCCUGCCGGCAACUGGGCGCCCGGUCCGCCAGACAUCGGCGCAACGCGGCCGCUUGUGGGUGUACCAACAAUAUUACCCUCGACGCCUUCGGUCGGCAUGAUUAGCGUCUUCUGGGACAUCGAGAACUGCGCAGUUCCCAAUGGAGUUCCUGCCUACGAUAUCGUGCGUAAGGUGCGCCAGAUGUUCUAUGAGGGACACCGGGAAGCCGAUUUUCUUGUCGCUUGUGACAUCGCCCGCAUGAAGCCCAACGUCGUGGGCGAGCUCAGUGAGGCUCACGUGACGGUGGCUCAUGUGCCGGGAGAUCAAAAGAACGCGGCCGACGAGAAGCUGCGCUCCGCGCUGCGGCGCUUCUCCGACGCUUACAAACUGACUUGCUCGAGGGUCGUGCUCAUAUCGGGCGACGUGGACUUCGCGGCUGAGAUACACGAAAUCCGAUACAGGGACCUCAUCCACGUCGUGUUGAUCCACAACGACCAGGCAAAGCGGUCGCUUACGGACACUGCCAACCAGAGUAUCCGUUACGUCGAAUUUGUUGCGGAUAUCAGGAAGUAUGAGAAACCGAAGGAAGCCAAGGCGUCCGCACCAGCUGGACAACACAAGCCAAUAGCCAAGAAAUCGUCUCUGGGGAGCGAAAAUAAUAGCGCCCAAGUCACCGCUGGCAUAUGCGAGGCCGGCAAAGCAUCUGCGCCUUCUAGACAAAAGAUGGCGGUCAAGAAGUUGCCAGAAGCGCCCCAGAAAGAUAGCGCCCAAGAUACAGGUAUCGGUUCUGAUGCAAAGUUGAGAAAAACUCCCGUUGCAGCCGAUGGUGGCCUCCCUAAUGACGAAAAAGCAGCAAAGACAGACAUCGUGGUACCGAAGGCUAUCCUCACCAAGGUAGGACUGGUUGUUCGUGAACAGCAUAGAAACUUACAGCACUGGAAGAGCGUCCUGUCCAAACUGAAAAUUCCACAAGACUUCAGCCUCGAAAUCGGGACGGAUAAAGAUGUCAUUUGCCUCACUUACCCCAGCGCGGCCAAGGCCAAAAAAGCCGUAGGAACUCUAAACAAGCAGGUAACUGAUGAAGGUGGGGUGGCUAAAUGCUUGGGAAUAUUAACCGACAAGACUUCCAGAUGCGAGGCAGUGCGCACGCCGGAGGGGUCCCCCUUUUCGAAAAAAGUACAAGACGCAACGGACUAUACCAAAACAUUAGUUAAAGGUUUCAGAAAAAGGAUCGCUUCCCUGAAAGGUAACGAUCAAGGUGCAAAAGAAGAACGUUUGGCACUGGAGAAGAUAGGCGAAUUGUGCGAGGCUCGGUUGAAAGAGUUCACAGCUAGCCUUAGUGAGCUCACAACAUCUUCGCAAGAGGCACAGUCUAUUGCGACGAGAGAAACGGCACGUCUGCACCGGGGCUCGCCCCUUUACAGCGUGAAAUCCAAGUUGUUCGAGAGCCUCGAGAAGCGCAAAAUCGUCUUCCUGGUGACUCCUCCAGGGUUUGGAUCUUGCCUCGAAGUGCCUUCGUACCUGCGAGAUCUAGGCCUCCGCGUGCUCAGUAUCCAGCCCAGUGACCUCGCCGCCGAGCAGUGCACUAAGCAUGCGGCAAACAUGAGCGAGCUGGGAGCGGUGGAGUGCUGGCGCUUUGCCGGACAGCAGGUGAGCCCGCAGUCCGCAGUUGUCUUCACCACUGCGCGUCAGUUCUUUCACGAGUUCAUGCGCUGUGGAACAGCCUUAGCGGGCUUCCAGGCGAUCGUCAUUGAUGCUCUACACGAAGACAGCGCUUACCAGCGCGUCUCCCUGACAGUGCUGCGCAUGCACUUUUUGUCUCACGUUCGCCUCGUGCUGUGUGGCAGCGACAGCGACGCCUGCGCGUCUGUUCAGCAGGCGUUCUGCCUGGGUGACCAGGACAUACUGAAAUCCUUUGUCCAGUGCCCCGUGGACGUCGUUUGGAAAGAACGACCAGCGAAUAUGAAUGUUGUCGCCGCAAGUGUCGCCGCCACGCUCGAGUUCUGUCAGAAAUGCAGGUCCGGAGGUGACAUCAUUGUCUUCUUGCCCUCUCUGGCAGACGCGUUCCACGCAGACGCGCUGCUGGAAUAUCGAAAGGAUGCAGAACAGUUCGUGGGAACAUUUCGUCACGAGGUUUUGUUUCCUGGAGAUUCGUACCUGUCAACGAUCGGUUCGCCAUCCAUCGGGUGCUGGAGGAUUGUGUUCGCUGUGGAAUACGCUGACGCAAUCGCUAGAAAGCUUCAAGUGCGGUGCGUCAUAGACAGUGGUCUAGCACGCAAUGUUGUUUAUCGCAACGGUGUUUUAGUUGCCGAGCUUGCGUACAUAUCCGAAGUAGAAGCCGAACAACGGAAGGCCUUGGUCGGAAAUCGGCUGCAUGGAACAUGCUAUCGUCUCUACAACAGAGAUGUGUUCGCUUCUUCGCUGUCUGUCGACGAAAAGAACUCGCGGUUCAUUGAAGACAUCGUUCUUCGCCUUUCAGCACGACAGACCAGCAACACUGCCACAUAUCUUGAAAAAAUCCCGAAAGGCUCCGUGAAGAACGCGAAGAAAGCACUUGUAGAAAUCGGGGCGAUAGACUCAAACGGAUGCCUUACAGAUUUGGGUGCAAAGCUUUGCGAAAACAGCCUGGAACCCAGACUCGGGAAAUUGAUACUGGGAUCGCUUGACAAAGCUUCUUCUCUGAACGCUGUGCUGCUCUGCGCUCUAGCUUACGAGGACCUGCUCGCCGUUUACAGACCACUGAACAAAGACGGCACAGAACGAGAAGCUCAGCGCGCCGAAGGAGACUGCGUCUUCUCCCGAAUCAUUGACGUCUACAAGAAUUGGCUCGCUGUGCCCAAGAAAAUGAAGAGCACGUGGUGUGAGGUAAAUGGUGUUAACGAGACCUUCAUUAGCCACCUUCACAGCACCGCUCUAGCGAUUCAAUCUGAGUUCGACGUCUUCAGGGGCAAGAACUUGAACAUGGAUUCGGAAAAACAAGAAAAGAACUUAACAGUCACAAUGGCCGAACUGCUCGCCGGAUCUUUUCCGCAAGGCUUGCUCCAGGCCUCAGAACGAGGCUUCAGCAGCCCUACACUCGGAAACAAGCUCCAUGUAUCACCGCUGUCGCUGCUUGGAACCCGGCCUACGCAAGUCAAAAGCGUCGUCUGCUGCCUGUUCUCUCUGAUUCCCGGCGCAAGAAAGCUGCAGCUCCUUAACUUUUCUACGCUUACGGAUAGGGAUGACACUUCCCAGGCUGAACCUGUCCUAUCGCUAUCACCUUCGAAGCUCCCGCACAUUAAAAAAAGGUUCGGCCCUGUAGGGAAUCUCAUCUGGAACCAACAGUUCAACGCGCAGCAUGCGCUUCAGUCAAUUGAAGAAAAGCUGCGGAACGAUGGUCAUAGCAAGGAAGGGUCGCUAGAACUGGAUGCAACAGCUCAGUGCAUCGUCGUUAGAGGUCCCGAGCAAUACUGUAUCGAAGCUCGUCAGUACCUUCAGAGCAUCGUCACGGAUCAGGUGGCAAAGCUUGCCAGAAAGGACAGAGAGGCUCUCCUCACGCCGCCCGACUCACCUUACAGUACACAUCCUGUUUUGGCGGUCAUCGGCGUCGGAGGUCUACUGAAUGAAGUCCUGUCGCCCACAAGCUUCCGUACCCUCGUAGUCAGCGACGUUAAGAUCCCGCUUCCUGAUUUCAGAAGGCGUGUCAACGAACUCGGAAAUAUCGUCCAGUACUGGUUUCUCAAAAAGGAUAACGCCUUCCAGAUCACGUACAAGACGUCAAUGGAAGCCGACGACGCUUACGACUCCCUUUCCAAGCAGGACGGCGUCGUAGCAGUUUCAGUUAAAGGUCAGGCUCUAGCGUACCGCGAAGAGCAGAAGCACCGAAGACCGGCGUUUCACGCGCAGGUAUCGUUGCCCCGGCGUCGAUGCACGGGCAUCGCCUUUGCCGAGCUGCCGGACCAGGCAUCUUGGGACCGAAUCGCGGGGUCGCUGCCACUACGCUUACAGCUUGACGGCACCGCAAUAACUUGCGAGCGGAGCAAGAAUGCACCUGGUCAGCUGUGUCUGAAGGGCUUUUCACCGACGGUUGGACAGGCGGCCGUGGAAAAGCUCCUUCGCUCCUCAUUGCCCGUAAGUCUGAAGAGCGUUCGCCUCAUCCACGAACCCUCUUUUGAAACAACCUCGAUGGAGCUCCAAGCGCUGGAAGAAGCUGUGCACAGAAUUUUUGAAAAGGAAGCUGGCCCCGGCACAACGAGGCUCAGCCUCAAGAAACCGAAGAAUACAGACUAUGCUUUCAAAGGCUGGAUUUCCUUCGAAGACGUUGUCUUGGCACAACGCGCGUGCGCUCUUCUCAAAGGGGCGCCAAUUUCAAUUCACGCCUCGCCGGAUGGUCGUCCUGCGAUCACACUGCCACUGACCGUUCACUCCUUAGUCCAAGAAACCUUCUUCUUUCCCCGUUUUUUCUUCGCGGCCAUCCAAGGUCGGGUCGAAGCCGAGCUCCGCCGCCAAGAAGGCCUGCGCCCCGAGGACAACCUCAAGUGUGAUGCGACGCCCUGCGGGCCAGCGGUAGUUUGCGUCAGUCUGCGUGCCAACAACUUGAACGAUUUUCAGAAAGCCGUGCACCUCUUCAAUAGGCUGAUGAGCACAGAGGCAGAAUUCUUCGAAGAAUCGGUGCGGCCGGAAAAAGUAGUGGACGUCGUCAAGGCCGUCGCACCAGGGGGCGGCGUCUACGUGUUCCGAAAACGCGGUGAAACUCGCCUGGUCGGCGACGAAGAACUCGUCGCCGCGACCGCGGAGGUGCUGAAGAAGUGCACCAAAGCACAGGGCAAGCACAAGAGGAAGAAAUUGGUCCUCGUCGGUGAAGAUUUCAGUGUGCUGAGAUCCUUUGUGGGCAAGUUUGGCUAUGACCCCUGGGAGCUGGUGAAGGAGUGCAAACUGGACGCGGCACAGUUCGACGCAAACUUCGAGGCAGUUGAUGUCGUUGGAUUGGACGAAGCCAUAGGAAGAGCUGAGAAGCUGGUGCGUGAGCUGCCGAGACGUCUUGUGGAAGCCGACUCGGCGUCCACUUCCCGUUCUGAACACUGUCCAAUUUGCCGUGAGCCAUCGUGCCGCCCCCAAGGGGACGAGGCUUCAGUGGACGGGCACCGUCUCGAGCUGUGUGGGCACUGGCACUGCGGGUCGUGUCUGCUGUUGGCCUUCAAACGAGCUCCCCUGCCCCUAGCAUGCUUUGAGGAGGACUGCGCAUCACCCUGGGCCAUGGCGGAUAUCGUCCAUGUGGCGGGGAACGACCACGGACUACUGAGCGACCUCGCCCGUAGGUCGUUCGAGUCCUCCGUCGCAGCAGACGCAAUUGGUCGGUGGUACCCCUGCCCUACACCAGAGUGCCAGUUUGCCCUGGACACCUACAGGGACACCGAAGCACAAGGCGUGCGUGUGUUGGGUGAUGUGCAUGUCUGCCCUGGAUGCACCAACGCCGUCUGUUUCCGGUGCCGCUCUCUGUACCACUAUGGCAUGUCGUGCACAGCCUUCAGGGCCUCCAUGUUGCCCAACAGUGAUGCUUCCGACAAGCAGCCAUGGCUGGACAAGGACCCCGGCAAGCACCUGGCAUGCCCCUCCUGCAAGACCUGCCUGGAACGCCACAGCGCUAGCAAGGUGGACGCCUGCUGGGCAUGCCGGCGCCUCUUCUGCUGGCACUGUCACCAGAGCUUCGAGGAUGACGCGGCAGCCGCCAGGGGUCACCGCACACAAAGUUGCAUUGCAGCACGCCGAUAGCGCGUUGGCGUGGCCAUCACAGAUCUCGGCAUGCGUGGUCAACAUGCCAAGACUGCUGCGAUAAUGUUAUUCCCGACGCACAGAAGUCUCGCUCGUGCUGGACAAACAGCAUCAAAGCAGAUGAGUACUCAGUAAGGUACAGUCGCCAUCUGCUUUGAUGCUGUUUGUCCAAGAUGAAUGUUCACCAACUACUAUCCCAAGUUUUAUGCUACCACAGAAAAGCCUCAAGGAUGCAUUGAUGCCACCAGACUGCUGGGAAUUCGAUGUUUCAUCACUCAUGUCGUGCCAGACAACACAGCUUAAUUGUGAACAGCUCCGACUUUCCCUGGAAGUGGGCUUGUGCAGAUUUAGUGAAAAGCUGUCGCCAGCCUAUACACCAGCACUCGUACUGGAGCAUCUAUACCAUAAUGUGUCUACGCUCUAUAAAAGUGUUCCUGCCUCUCUUACAACUUUCCACAUUCUCUUUUGCGGUGGGCGGCUGGUCGGUGAAAAAGACCAAAAUUAGUGACUAUAGCCAGGCUCGAACCUUUGUAUGAAAAGCUAAGCAAUGCCAGACAGUGUGUGCUUCGAAACAAGAAGCAUAGGGAAAGAGAAUGGUGGUAUCUUUAAAUUCUUUAAAUAUUUACGGAACUCUAGGAGAGAGAGAGUGAGAUCUAUUGACCCAGGAAAGGAAAAUCUGCUGUUGGCCCUGAACCUGUCUAGCGCACGGCUGACACCUGAACAUCACUCAGUAAUGUGGGGAAAGGAGAAGAAAAUAAGGAAAGGUGACAGAGGUAGGAAGGAAUAGAGUGAAUCUAAAGGCACGAGCUGCUCUGGAUACACUAAAUGCACUCAAGGCACAAAUCCCACCACCUCGAGGACUUUAGACAAGCUAUCAGUCCUGGCUGAUCAAUCAAGUUGGCCAGGCACAAAGCUAUAACGCGCCUUAUCUCGUACUCGGGCAGAUUUACGCGGCCAGAGGAGGCAUUCCACGCUUUUGAUGGAAACUCCAAAUGUACGGCGCGCAUCAAACAGCGUUUGAUGGGCUGCUGCGAAUGUGAUGUAGCGAAGCAGCAAACAUUUCUUUUUUUUUCAUCUCCAUCUGCACCUACUGGUGGCACAAAUUUGAUGUGGCGAGAGCAACGCGGCCUUUGCACGCCCAAGUCCACGUGCAGCUGACAUGGAGACCGAGCAGCACCACAUAUUGCCAUCACCACAGUAAUUGUGCAUAGGUUGAAGGGAUUCGUUACCUAGGCAGGGUUCAAUAGUUGGUAUGCAGUGCGGUGGGAUAUGUGUCUGGAUGAACAGACGUGUCCACCAGAGAGAGUAAGCGAUUACUAGGAGCUUCAGGAACUGUAAGCUACAUGCCGCUAGUGUUUCAGCUGCAAAACAACAGGUACUUCACCUUCAUACCUGUCGUACUCCCCUUUCUGUGGAGUAAGACACCUUUCAAAGCUGCCCAUCUCGGCAUGUCGAGGGAAAAUCAUUAAGUGCAGCGCUUUUAAUGUACAGCGUGAGCCAGUGUGAAGGUUCACAUAGAAGUGUUAUAAACUGAACCAAACAGCAUGUUUCAAUGCAAACCGCGUCUUUUUAAUCUGGGGAUGUAGGAAGAAACGCAUCAGUAUAAUUGGCUAUCUAUGUUCCUUUCUCUUCCAUCUCUUCAAAGGUAAUACUGCAUUGCCGUGCACACGCUAUGGAUUUUCUUUUUUUUGUAAUAAGAAGGGUUAUUCUUUCUUCAGUGGUGAAUGCUUUAAUUUACCCAGAGACCGAGGUCCAGAGUGAUAUAAAAAGCCAGUGCUAGGAAGUUUGGCAUUGAUUACACUGUUUUGAAACAAAUGACACUAUCAUGCUGUACAUUUCCCACUGCUAGUCUGUGCAUUUCUGCAUCCUGCUGUUGAUAUAGCAACAAUAAUUUGGUCUGUCUAACACAGUAGUGAUCUGAAAACUACCACGGCGGUUUCGACAGAAUGCUUCGAGAUUGGUGCUUUUCAAAGAAAGUGAGAGCCCCCAUAUCGGACGCAUCAUUAGACAGUUCCCCUUUACCAAAGAUUACACGUUAUGAAACCUCAGGUGCGGGCAGAAACAGACAGCAAAAUUAACCGCAGCAUCCCUGCAAAGACUCAGGGGCGCCUUUCAUUGUGCUAACCGCUCACGAGCAAAAGCAAGACACUGCCUUCCUUGUCGUAAGCGAAUUUGCCAAUAGUUAACAGGUGGCGCUGUUUCGAAAAGCCGAGUACUCCCGGUUGCACCUAUACCCAGUUGAAGGUUGCACCUUUCACCGCAGCUGGUUUGCCAACCAGUUCUGUCAUUUUAUUGCUGGCUCACACACUGCCGUGCAUGCGUGAAUCCUGAAUUAAUGUGCAGGAUAUUGCGUGCUGUGCUAUGGGGCCACCAUAAGGUGAUACUACGUGCUGUGCCGUUGCUAUGUCAUGACUGGAAUAACACAGCUUUACAUUGCAGCGUGCACUGCUAUUACAUGCAACGUUGGAAGGGUGAGCAACCGAGUGGGUGCCUUUCAGCAGGGCUUUCAGAGUGUUAGCACUGUCAUAAUGGUGAUAGCACUAAACAAAGUGCAUUAUAAUGCAAUACAGGAUGCUUUGUUGUUGAGCUGAUUGUAAGCAGCCAUUUAAAAGUGAAAAUCAGUGCACAUACUGUGACGGUGAAGAAAGGCUUACAUGGCCAAUUGUUUGCACUAUCUAUUGUUUUGGUCAAUCUAAUGCACUAGGUCAUGGAGCACGACAAAAUUAACAAGUGUUUGUGCCUAUAUUUCACCAUGCAUCCCAAUCUGACAACGGUACCAUACGUCUUUUUUUAUGUUUUAAAUUUUUUCGUCUUUAUUAUUUUGAUGUAGUGAUUGUGUAUCUCUGUGUUUCAAUAUGCUGUGUCAUUGUAGACAGUGCCCUCUUUUUACUAUUCUUUUACAACAAUCAUAAUCGCUUCAUGUGUCACCGUGUGCCAAAUUGUUUAAAAAAGAAAUCGCAAAUACAACCACGUGACAACCCCCCUGCAAUACUCUCUAAGCAAAUGCGGGAUUUCAUAAUAAACUUGUAAUAAAUAAAUCGAAAUUAGUUUCCUUUACAUUGAAACACACUGAAAGUUUCGACAGCCUUGUUGUGUCGCUGUUUCUAAAUUGUGGUGAGUGACAUGGCAGUAUGUUGAGAUGCGAGAUUGCAGUUUAUAAAUGUUGUGCAAAUAAAAAUCAUAUGUCAAAGA